AUGAGACUACCAAUGUUCAUUCGAUGCUUUCUAAUUAACAGCAUUCAAAUAUGUUCCUACAUUUUAUUGAUUAAUUGCGGAGCCAAUAACUUACAUCACAUGGACGGCACAUCGACCGCCGAAAUAAUCAACGGAGACGUCUUCUUCGAAAUCACCGACCCCGAAGAGCUCGAGUACACCUACAGAAUCCGACCGGCCAAAGAUUUCGGCGCCCCAUUCAACGCCUCGUUCCACGUAAAAAACGUCCCGUUGGUGCCCAUUUUGCCCAAGAACGGCUGCAAACCGCCCGACAACCUCGACGACAUCGAAGGCAACGUCGCCCUAAUCGAAAGGGGUGACUGCUCGUUCAAGAUGAAAACUUUAGUAGCGGAACGGGCGGGCGCUAGAGCUGUCAUCAUCAGCGACGUCGUAAAUUCGAAUCAGGAAUACUUCAUCGAGAUGAUCGAUGAUAACACGGUGGAGGAGGUGAACAUACCGGCCGGCUAUUUGCUCGGCAAAAACGGCCUGAUGAUAUUGAAAACGUUGGAGCGACUGAAGCGGAGCUACGCGAUGAUCAAUCUGCCUGUUAAUCUCACCUACACGCCGGUGCACGAGAUGAACCAACCGCCCUGGUUGGGCUGGUGA